AUGAGUAUAAUGUACCCACUUGGUUGUUGCAGGGCAUGGGAAGCCGAGGUAGAGGUGAAAGGGUACAUUGACCUUGAUCACCGCUCGAUAGUAGCCACGGAUACUGUGGUCGAAAGAUUGCACGGUCCUUUGUCCAGCCAGAUGUUUAAGCAACAGAUCUGUAGCUCGGGGAGAAGUCUCGGUCCAAGGCCACCACGGCAUCCCCUUCGCAACCUCAAAGCCCGCCUACGGCACCUACAAAUCGCCUUAUGGGCCCAAGUACGCCUUCCCUCUACUCCCACGCCCUCGAUACCACCGUCCACAACGGUCAAACCUUGUACUACCAAUAGUCAAAACCGACAUGCUAAUGACACAACGACGCAGCUACAAAAUCCAACCCAACCUCCGGGGCAUAGGGCCAGGGCGAGCCUUGAAAUUGUACGCGCGGACCGACCUUCCAAUUCCCCUCUCCUCAUCCCCUGCGCCUCGCCUCCCCGCGAGCGGGCCACUGAAUGGUCGGGAAUGGACCUGCUGAUGAAAGGGAACAGUGGCAUCACCUUGGGCAGCUUCGGCGUCGUGGGCGCGAUAUUCGCGCUGCAGUUCUUCGCCGAGGUGCCGAAGGUCAGGAAGGAUAUACUGCAGAAAUUCCCGGUUAUCGGAGACUACUUUGUGAGGGAGAUACCGCCCAGUGAUAAUCCGUUCUGA